UACUUGCACUGCCUAUAUAUAACCCCUCACACUUGGUAGGAUCAUCACACCCUGCUCUGCCCUGCCCUGCCUUGUGUGCUCAUUUCCUGAACACUUGAGCUGCCAUUGCACUGCACCGCAUAUUUUGCAAGCAUCAAAGAGUCUUAUUGCACUUGCAUAUUGCAUUACUUUGUGCGAGCGAAUCGCAAAGGCCAUGGGUGGCAAGUUGUUGUUGCUCGAUGCUAGCCCCGAGGCGCCGCCUCCCCUGUCCCAGGUGGCCACCUCCGGCGCCCACGGAGAGGACUCCCCCUACUUCGCUGGGUGGAAAGCCUACGACCAGGACCCCUACCACGUCAUCUUCAACCCGAGCGGCGUCAUACAGAUGGGCCUCGCCGAGAACCAGGUGUCGUUCGACCUCCUGGAGGGGUACCUCAGGGAGCACCCGGAGGCAGCGGGCUGGGGCGGCGCUGGCGCCGGCGCCGGCUCCGGCGUGGCCAGCUUCAGGGACAACGCCCUGUUCCAGGACUACCACGGCCUCAAGGCCUUCAGGAAGGCGAUGGCGAGCUUCAUGGAGAAGAUAAGGGGUGGCAAGGCGAGGUUUGACCCCGACCGCAUCGUGCUCACCGCCGGCGCGACGGCGGCCAACGAGUUGCUCACGUUCAUCCUGGCCAACCCGGGAGACGCGCUGCUUAUCCCUACUCCUUACUACCCAGGGUUUGAUAGAGACUUGAGAUGGAGGACGGGAGUGAACAUUGUGCCGGUGCACUGCGACAGCGCGAACGGGUUCCAGGUCACGGUCGCCGCGCUCCAGGCGGCGUACGAGGAGGCCGACGCGGCGGGGAUGCGCGUCCGCGGCGUCCUGCUCACGAACCCGUCGAACCCACUCGGCACGACCGUCAAGCGGUCGGUCCUCGAGGACGUCCUCGACUUCGUGGCACGCAAGAACAUCCACCUCAUCUCCGACGAGAUAUACUCCGGCUCGGUCUUCACGGCGCCGGACCUCGUCAGCGUGGCGGAGCUCGUCGAGUCGCGCGCCCGCCGCGGCGACAGCGGCAUCGCGGAGCGCGUGCAUAUCGUGUACAGCCUGUCCAAGGACAUGGGGCUCCCGGGUUUCCGCGUCGGCGUCGUGUACUCGUACAGCGACGCCGUGGUCACCACGGCGCGGCGCAUGUCCAGCUUCACGCUCGUGUCGUCGCAGACGCAGAAAACGCUAGCCGCCAUGCUCUCGGACGCGGCGUUCGCCGACGCCUACAUCCGCACCAACCGCGAGCGCCUCCGGGAGCGGCACGACCACAUCGUGGCCGGGCUGGCCCGCGCCGGCGUGCCGUGCCUGCGCGGCAAUGCGGGGCUGUUCGUGUGGAUGGACAUGCGGCGGCGGCUCGACGAGGCAACCGUCGCCGGCGAGCUGAGGCUGUGGGACCGGAUGCUGCAUGAGGUGAAGCUGAACAUCUCGCCGGGCUCGUCGUGCCAUUGCUCGGAGCCCGGCUGGUUCAGGGUGUGCUUCGCCAACAUGAGCUUGGCCACACUGGAUGUUGCACUCGCAAGGAUGAGCCGCUUCCUGCACAAAUGGAACAAGUACAACAACACAGCAAGAACAGCAUUAGAGAAGUAGAGUAAAAGUUUUAGGGGUAAAUUGCAAUGUUAAUAUGUUCAUUAAGUAUUUA